AUUUCCUUCAGUUAUUAAGUCCUUCAGGUCCUAGUUUUGUAUGCUUGAGGAGUUUUUCGUUUCAGUUCAAAAAGUUAGGUAUGUAUGGAACAGCGAGAAGAAUAAACGGACAGUUAUCCUUGGCUUAGGCUGUUUAAGGAUCCAUAAAUUUGUGAAGAAAAAAUUCUUGCAAAAACCAUGGAGAACAUUUUCGUUACUAAUGCGGUCUGGGUACAGGUGUUAAGCGUGGCUUUUGUCUUAAGCAACAAGAGCGAAAGCGGUAUUAACCGUUUCCCAGGCAAUUGAUACGAAAAAACUAAAUUAUUUAUGUCAUGGAAGUAACGUCACAUGACAAAAAUUAAACAAAUGUUUACAAGGAGUGUCAUUUACGCGUGUCCACUUAACUUAAAGGUGACAAUAUUUGCCACAAUAGCACCAUUGUUAGGCCAAGGAAGUGGGCGAAAGCAGCUGAAGAAAGAAAGCCUUUUGUACGAUAUCCGAGGAUAUCAAGGGAAAGAGACACAAAAGAAUUACGGAUGGAGUUCUACGUGGAAGUUUCCCUUGGUGUGAUCUCCGUUGUAAUCGUUGCCGUGAACUCAUUUGUUGUCUGUUUAGUUUGUUUGAACAAAGUCCCUCGAACAUACACAAACUGGUUGACUGUUUCACUUGCCGUGUCCGACAUUUUAACAGGAGGUAUUUUGUUUCCCACGCUGAUCAUAGGGCCAACGCACGUCGUGGUAGAUUAUUUAAUAAGUAUGAUCUUACUCUGGGGUGUUGCUAACAUAUGCGCACUCACCUACGAUCGCUUCAUUGCUGUUAUUAAGCCUCUGCAGUACACUUACCGCAUACCUGAUUUAUUCAAAAGAACUGUUAUCGCCGUAUGGUUAUUUCCAACCAUGUACAGCUUAUUGCCAUUAUUUUGGAGAACGGACUAUUCAAAAACAAUCCACUUGGUGUACCUUGUUUGCUAUGAGAUCUUUGGUGUGAUCAUUCCGUAUAUCUGCAUUAAUGUCGCCUACUUUCAGAUAUUCAAGGUGGUAAAGCGAAGCUUAGCGUUGAGAAAAAAUUUGGAUGGUGCUGUGAAACAGAUCAACGAAAACAGACGCGUCUCCUCGGAUGCUCAAGUGGCGAAAGUCUUCUGGAUUAUCUCGGUGGCGUUCUUUAUCUCGUGGUUUCCGAUAAUGUAUAUGACAACGGCCGAAGGUAUUUUCAAUCGUUUCGACAUCGUUCCAAAUGUCCUCCAAGUGGUUUCACUAUACACAGUAGCUAUUGCCUCACUAGUAAAUCCCUUCGUGUAUGCUUUCUUCAAACCAGAUUUCAGGAUUGUCAGUCGUAAUAUCUGUCGAAAGAGUGAUCGAGUGAGAGCGACGUAUACGAAACUUAAACAGGCUUUUCAAGCGAAAACAGAUAGAGGCACAAAAAGUGGCGAAGAGCCCCGUCAGCAACCUUUACCAAAAAUCGAAGGCGAGUCGUUUUAGAGUAGCGCAUAGACACUCUGGGUCGUUUAUUGACACGGGUUCAUAAUUAGGGCCUUGGUUUUUGACGAUUGAUGGACUUCGAAAGUUUCCCUUAAAAGGGCUUUUUGAAAUAAUUAGAUCUUUUAAUGCUAGAUAGAAGCUCUUUUGACAGUUUGGCAAAAACUGAGCGUUUAAAUGAUGUUUUCUUCUUUAUUAAAGAUUGUUUAGAGCAUAGUUCGGAUGAACAAGGGUUAAACUUUGUUUUGACUCCACAAAAGAUGGAUUUACAGACCACUUAUUCUCUUUGUACCUUUCUUUAUUGUCUAAAAAGUUAACUAAGGGCUGAAUUCGCCUGUAGCGGGAAAGCUUUUUGUUCAUUUUGCGCCAUGUUGUCUUCAUCUUUUGAUGCCAUGAGACUUUUAAAAACUUUUAAAGAACUUGCUGAUUUCAUAAGGAAUGGAUAAGCAGGUGUUGACGUAUGGCCUUUGGAAUAUAUUCAAAAUUAAAGUCGAAAUAAAAUUUAAAGCACUUUGUAUUUCGUGAAUAAAACAACACUUUUUAACUUUAAGAAUAAUAUC